AUGCCUCCGUCUGUUUUCUUGCCGCCCGCGCUCAUCCCAGCCUCCGUAGCACCCUCCUGCUCCCCGUUCUCAGCCCUAGUUUGGGCUUUCAAGUCGUGUUCCCGAGUGCACCGUUUACGGCAACGCGUCCAGUCAUACGGAGUCUGGCGCAACCGGUCUACUCAACCACACGGAAGCCGCUCGAACGGGCAGCGUCAGGCGCGCCAUUUAUCGCUGGCAACCAGCUGCACUGUUGUCGUCGUUUCACACCCGGCUCACGACUCUCUGGACUCAGCCGAGUCCGAGCACCAACUCAGAGCUUCUCCGAGUCCUCGGUCGCUUUAUACUUUGCGGGAGGGGGGAACCUCUGCGUGGACAUGGGGACUCUGCCGAUUCGUUGCUGUUCGCGCCGCCGUCGUCAGAGAUGAGGAACCUCUGCUUGUAAGUUGGGGAGCCUCUGCGUGGACAUCGACUAUGCCGUAUAGCUUCUUAGCUGUCCGCGCUGCUGUCUUCAGACGGGGAACCUCUGCUCUCGUGUCAUCGAAUGUGGACGUCGUCAUGGAUGCCGCGCCGCCACCUCUUCCCUCUGCGGUGCCAACGUCUCGCAACUAA